CCUCUUUUGCAGUUUUUUUCUUCCGCAACAGAAUUUUUUUGCUUUGAAAAAAGGGCAAUCCGACCCGACUCGAAUUUUUUGGUUGGGUUGGGUUGGCCAGCGAUUUUUAGCCCGAUGGUUCCCGCAUAACGCAAAGGUCCCAAAAAUUAAAUUUAACUCGAUCCAACUAAACCCAUAACACCCUAAGUGAGAAGAGGUAUGUCGUAUAUACAAAAACUAUUGAGUAUGUCCUUUACAACACCAUUAUGCCCCGCUACGGUUUGGUUUAUCAAAAUUUCUCCCAGUUUGAGAGAGAAAUUCGGUUAAUUAAAACUAAUUCACCAGAGAAACAAUUAAUUGACCAAAAGAGAUUACAAAAAAACCUAAUUGACCAAAAGCGUUACGAAAUUAUAAGUUCUGUUGAGAGAGGCGAGGAGUAUAAAUAGGAUUUAAAAGGAGAUAAAAUCAAACCAUAGAAAUUGGUGGGGAGACUGAGUCACAGAGAGUGAGAGAGGGAACGAAGUAGCAGCAGCAACAGGUAGAUUACCGGACGGCGAACGGCGAACGGCGGAGUUGUACUCUUUGCAGCUUUCGUCUUCCGACUUCCAGCCGCAGCAUUAUUCAUCCGCUUCAGCGAAUCGUUAAGCUCCCUCUCUGCUGUCGCUUUGAAAUCAGCUGCGAAGGAAUGACAAGAAACUGGAGGUCCAUUUUCAUUUUGAAGUAAAUGAAAUCACUGUCCGGCGGAAUCGUCUUGUUACUUCCAGGUUACGGCCGCGUAGUUCAACUAUUUCUGCAACUCUGUGAGCUCUCUCUCCGAUGUGGCAGAGUUUUUUGGAAUCAGCUGUGAAGUAAUAACAAAGUAUGAAUCUCAACUCUUGUAGAGGACUUAAUUUCAGGUUUCGGUUUAUGCUAUUUACUUGCAACGGUUGCUUUGCAUUUUUUUGGAGAAUGUUUGUUGAGUUCGGAUGCAUAUCAACCGAAGGUGCUACGAGCUAUAGAGUAUGCUGAUACCAGACAUAAAGAUGCAAUCUGUUUUCUUGCCGAAGCCACUAAUCAUAUCUUCAAUUGGUGGAAUAUUUUCUGGCUUUUUGUUGCGUCCAAGUUUUAUUAGAAGUGAUGGAAGGUACAUGUUUUACGAUGCCAUAUCGCAGUUAUUUAGGAAAAAAUGCGUAAAAAAGGCCAGCAAAGCAGCUUUAUAUGAUAAAUUUAUGAUUAGCACGGGGCGGUAUGGAUGUGAAAAUCAAGAAGAACCAUCUAGUGACUUCUGUAACUGUUUGAUUCGUGACUAUUGUAAGGUUGGGAAUGUUGAUGCAGCCAUGUCUGUUCUUGCUCAUAUGGAGGCUGUAGGUCUCCGUUCCUCAGUAGCAUCUUAUGCUUAUGUGAUUGAAGCUCUUGGAAAUGUAGGCAGGACUUUGGAAGCUGAUAUCAUAUUUCAAGAAAUGAUUAGUCUUGGUUGUAAGCCAAGAGCAAGUGUCUGCAAUGCAUUACUAAGAGGAUUUUUGAGAAAGGGCCUUUUAGAUCUUGCGUCUGGGGUUCUUGUUUUAAUGAGUGAUUUAGAUAUUCAGAGAAAUCAAGAAACUUACGAACUACUCCUGGAUUACCAUUCCAAUGCUGGACGGUUGGAAGAUACUUGGUCUAUUAUUAAUGAGAUGAAACUAAAAGGUUUUCAGCUGAACUCAUUUGUGUAUAGUAAGGUUAUUGUUAUAUAUCAGAACAAUGGGAUGUGGAAGAAAGCAGUGGGCAUUGUCGAUGAGAUAAGAAAAUCAGGGAUUUCUAUGGACAUCCACAUUUAUAACAGCAUCAUAGAUACAUUUGGGAAAUAUGGUCAAUUAUCUGAGGCCUUAGAAGUGUUCAGAAGAAUGCAACAAGAUGGUGUAAUUCCUGACAUAACAACUUGGAAUUCACUGAUCCAAUGGAACUUUAAAGCUGGGAAUCUUGCUACCGCCCUUGAGUUAUUCACUGAGAUGCAAGAACAGGGGAUGCAUCCAGAUCCUAAGAUCUUCAUUACUCUAAUUAGCUCCUUGGGUGAGCAGGGAAAGUGGGAUGUGAUAAAGAAGAAUCUUGAUAGUAUGAAACUCAGAGGACAUAAGAAUAGUGGCCUAGUUUAUGAAAUCCUAGUUGAUAUUUAUGGGCAGUACGGUCAAUUUCAGGAUGCUGAGAAGUGUAUAUCUGCUCUCAAGUAUGAAGGUCUUCUACCAUCAGCCAGCAUUUUUUGCAUUAUGGCAAAUGCUUAUGCUCAACAGGGGUUGUGCGAAGAGACAGUAAAAGUGCUUCAGCUCAUGGAGGAAGAAGGAAUCGAACCAAAUCUUGUAAUGCUGAAUGUACUGAUCAAUGCGUUUGCUGUUGCUGGUAGGCAUUUAGAGGCGUUGGCCAUUUAUCAUCAUAUAAUUGAAGUUGGUAUCAGUCCGGAUGUUAUUACCUACACCACCCUUAUGAAGGCAUUUAUUCGAGCAAAGAAGUUUCGUAAGGUCCCUGAAAUAUAUAAAGAAAUGGAAAAGGCUGGUUGCACACCAGAUAGGAAGGCCAGAGAGAUGUUAAAGUCCGUAACAAUGGUUCUUGAACAGAGACAUGAUUAUCAAGUAAAAACCAAUUAAAAACACCAGGAGGUUAUUGCAUCUUCAGCCUUCUUACCUACUACUUGAGCUUUUGAGGAAUCAGGAAUUGAUCUACAAUCAACAUCAAGAAAACCGAUCCUAAUUUUGCUGAUCCUAAUGCCAGGCCAACCUUCAAUGAACCCUGGCCCUGGGGACUACUGGAAUAGACAGUUGCUGGCAAUAAGUUUGGAGAUGCAACGAGGUCCGUACCAUAAUUAUACCAUAAAUCCUUUUAUUUUUCUUAAUGUUGUCUGGGGAUGAGAAUCUUAUCCUCCAAACUGGUAUAAAAUAUUAGUAUGUUUGUUCCUCAAUUUUUUGCUUGAAUAUUAAAUUAAGUGAAAAUUAUAUUUCACCUUAUCAUUUGUUUUUAUGGAUUUUUUUUAUAAAAACAAUGGUCUGUAGGUAAAAUGUAGAUUAACAAAAAACGACAAGGCAUAUGCAAAGAAUAACAACAAUUCAAACAAAGGAAGAAUAAGCAAAGUUCAAUUUUACUAACAUUGACUUGUCUUAGAAGUUAGUUUGUUUCUUUCUAACCAAAUCGAACUUUUUGGAAUCCACAAUUGCCUUAGUAAUCCCAUCAAGGAAGAUCUGGUACUUCAUUAUGGAAGUGGAUUAUGUAAAAUUAAGAACUCUUAACCAUUUUGCUUGGUAUUAUUCUUUUUU